AUGCUGGACAUCGGCCGAGGGUCUCGGGAAGGCGCUAUGUCCCUCGAAGUGUCGAUCAAGAAUUGCGGUCGGACAGAACAAUGGAGCGCAGCACUGCGGCUGCUCCACGAAGGACUUCGAUUAGGUGUGCAACUCGUCCCAAGCCAUUACAUUGCGACUGCCAGCGCAUGCAGAAAAGGCGGGCAAUGGCAACACGCGCUGUCAGUGCUCAGCGAGAUGUGGAAGGCGAAGCUGGAGCCCAACGUCAUUGGCUACAAUGCUGGGAUCAGCGCAUGCGAGAAGGGCGAGCAGUGGCAGCGAGCGCUGGCGCUGCUGAGCGAGAUGCGGAAGGCGAAGCUGGAGCCCGACGUCAUCACCUACAGCGCUGGGAUCAGCGCGUGCUCGAAGGGCGAGCAGUGGCAGCCGGCGCUGGUGCUGCUGAGCGAGAUGCGGGAGGCGAAGUUGGAGCCUAACGUCAUCAGCUACAAUGCUGGGAUCAGCGCGUGCUCGAAGGGCGAGCAGUGGCAGCGAGCGCUGGCGCUGCUGAGCGAGAUGUGGGAGGCGAAAUUGGAGCCUGCCGUCAUCACCUACAGCGCUGGGAUCAGCGCGUGCGAGAAAGGCAAGCAGUGGCAGCCGGCGCUGGUGCUGCUGAGCGAGAUGCGGGAGGCGAAGUUGGAGCCCGACGUCAUCAGCUACAGCGCUGGGAUCAGUGCGUGCUCGAAGGGCGAGGAAUGGCAGCUAGCGCUGGCGCUGCUGAGCGACAUAUGGGAGGCUAAGCUGGAGCCUGACGUCAUCAGCUACAGCGCUGGGAUCAGCGCGUGCGAGAAGGGCGAGCAAUGGCAGCGGGCGCUGGCGCUACUGAGCGAGAUGUGGGAGGCCAAGCUGGUUCCUAACGUCAUCAGCUACAGCGCUGGGAUCAGCGCGUGCGAGAAGGGCGAGUUGUGGCAGCGAGCGCUGGCGCUACUGAGCGAGAUGUGGGAGGCGAAGCUGGUUCCUAACGUCAUCAGCUACAAUGCUGGGAUCAGCGCGUGCGAGAAGGGCGAGCAGUGGCAGCGAGCGCUGGCGCUACUGAGCGAGAUGUGGGAAGUGAAGCUGGAGCCCAACGUCAUCUCCUACAAUGCUGGGACCAGCGCGUGCUCGAAGGGCGAGCAGUGGCAGCGGGCGCUGGCGGCGAGCAGUGGCAGUGGGCGCUGGCGCUACUGA